AUGGUUAACGUCAAGAAUAGUAGCUCCCCCGCCUUUAAAGCCUUUGUAGAUGCCUCUGCUGGCGCUAUGGGUGCACUAUUUACUGCCGUUCUGCUAUAUCCACUGGACGUGGUGAAGACGCGCCGUCAAGUGGAAGUGGACAACAGCAAUGAGGAGGAGCAUAAAACGGAUGAUGAAUUCAAGGUCAAAGCUCUUGCUCUGCGCAAAAAGAAGGAGCACAACUUGCUGGUGGCUGUAUGGCUUGUUUACCGCAAAGAAGGCAUGGAGGGUCUUUUCGCUGGCCUUAGCUCCAAGGUUAUACAUACUGUAUUGUCCAAUUUUGCUUAUUUCUACUGGUAUUCGUUCCUUAAGACGGCGGUGGAGAAGCAUUCGAGCAUGCCCAUUACGACCAGUAUGAGUUUGCUUAUGGCUUCUACAGCGGGGGCGCUAAACAUGUCCAUGACGCUCCCGCUAGAGAUGAUUAACACGCGAGCUCAGAUUCAGUCCAGUGAAGAUGAAGCUAGUGAUGCAGAUGGUAACGAGAAGGAAAAAGAGCCACGUAAACGCACUAUGUGGGGUAUUGCCAAUGAGAUUUAUGCGGAGGAUGGCCUGAUGUCAUUCUGGAAGGGGUUUAUCCCUUCCUUGGUACUGGUAAGCAACCCAUCAAUCAAUUAUACAAUCUUCGACAAGCUCAAGUUACAGCUGCAACAAUCCAAGAUGGUAGCAAGCAAUGCAAAGCGUGCGAGCUCGCUGACAGCGUUGGAAGCGUUUCUUCUGGCUGCCAUCGCCAAGGUGGUGGCUACUAUCAUCACGUACCCAAUCAUUCGCGCAAAGAUCCUGAUACAAGCUCAGAAGAAGCAGAUUACAGAACAACAGAAGAGUGCACACGGUUACCAUCACGCCGAAAUGGGCAACUCUAUGGUGCAGGUGCUUAGGCGUAUUGGCGAGCUGGAAGGCCCGAGGGGCUACUUCAAAGGCUGUUCGGCACAGCUUUUCAACACGGUUCUGAAAAGCGCUCUGCUGGUUAUGACAAAGGAGGAAAUUACAAAGUAUACAAUGCGUGUUCUCUUUCUGCUACGCCGGAGUGCUGGUCCCAAGGCCAUUGAGACGGCAAUUGCAUAA